AUGGAACAGCAGCAGCCACGGCAACAACAACAGCAGCAACAAAGUCGCCGGUUUGCUGUGCGGCCGCCACCACCGCCGCUUCCAACAGAGCAGCCGCCAACGGGGAAACAUGCGUGGGAUCCAAAGAGCUAUGACAUGAUGGAGGAGACGGGCUCAUCGUCAGCCCACACACACCAAGGCACACACCAAGGCACACAUCAAGGCACACAUCAAGGCUACCCACUCGCCCCUGCCACACAACACCCGCCCACGGGCAAACAUGCGUGGGAUCCAAAGAGAUACACCAUGGUGGAGGAGACGGGCUCAUCCACAACGCUGCCAACCCACUCCCGGACAGCAUCGAUCCAAGGUCUCAACCAACGCGCGUCCAAACAGCACCACCAACAACAACAACAACAACAACAACCACAGCAACAACCGGACAGGCGAACCGAAACGCUGCUUGAACAGCAACAGCGAGUCGCCAUGCAACACCGGCAACAACACCACCAACAGCACCAACAGCAACAAGGGCGUGCGGUGGGGGCUCACGACGACACGCGCAGGCCCUCGGUGGUGUUUGGCCUUGCAAAGCCUGCACCCUCUUACACUGGCACCAUGCAGCGGGCACGAAUGCCCUCGCCCCCAACGCCACCUGGCACCACGCAAACAACAAUGGCAACGUCUACAAGCGUGACGGGUACAGCAGCGGAGGGGGAGCUUCCACCGCCACCUCCACCACCACUCAUGCCACGCGGCACGGCCACCAUCAAUCGAGGGACAAGAAGAACCACUAGUAACACGCCGCUUGGCGACACGCCACGCAAGAAGGCCAUCCACGCGUACUCGCAUCCCAUCAUCUUCUCCCGCGAAGAGGCUGACAAGCGUGCACGAGAGCGCGGACAGCAGCAACAGCAACAGCAACAGCAACAGCAACAGCAACAGCAACAGCAACAGCAACAGCAACAGCAAAGGCGUAGAGGAAGCAGCACAGCCCACACUGAUGCCAGUGGUGACGACGAAGGCACUGUGUUUGGUUUCCCAGGACAGCUGAUCGGGUUGGAUACAUUGAACUCCAAGCACACAGCAGUGUCAGCAUCAGUGGCAAGGCGACCACAAGUGGCAGCAGCCACAAGCACCACCACGGCCACCACCACAACAGCAACAGCAUUGCCAUCCCCACCUUUGCCGCCACUUCCACCCGGUUUGUCAACGCACCACCGACAGCGGGCGGCCACGGGCACAACGGCAGUGCGCAGCAUUGAGCUUGAUCGCCGAGCGCUGCAGUACGAUGACUUUGAACCACCGUCGUUGCGACAGCAACGGGCAGGCAGGAGUGGAUCGGGCGGGGCACGCGUGUUUGGCCAAGCCACGGCGUCCACGCAAGACGAGGUGAUGCAGCACAACGUGUAUGGCCAACGCGUGCAGCGAAAUGACAUCAGCAUCAACGGCGCAAACGGCCGACGCAUCACCAUCACAGAUCGCCAGGGCUCUGUCUUGGAAAAGCGCAGGCAGCUGCUCCGACAACACCAGCAACAGCAGCAAAGCGGUGGCGAUAACAGCAGCAGUGACACGAGUGCAUCCACCAGCACGGACACGUCCAACAGCUCCGAGUCCUUGGAUGAGCAGCAGGUCCGCGUCUUGCUCGGCGAUUUUGCCCCGUAUUGA